AAGCAGCUAGCCACCCAUUAUAUUUCAGCUCACCAAAUCAUAACGCUUGGGUAAAAACAUGCACGCCAACGCCAACGCCAAGGCCAAGAAACACAAGUACAAGUACCAUCCCCCAUAUAACACAUGACCACUACCGCCCCGAUUCCCUAUCAUCCCAACACCAUGAUCGCCCUUGCCAAUCUCACCUCUUCUUCUUCCUCUGAUGACCACCUUGCCGCCGGAUACUUCAGUUUCCGGCUCUUUUUCUUGCAAGAUAUCCAAAUCCUAGAGCUCUUCUUAGCUCUUUUUGUUUUCGUAGCCAUUCGCUCGUUAAGGCAAAAGAAGCUUCAAGGCCUACCCGUUUGGCCCGUCCUCGGAAUGCUACCUUCCUUGGCGGCCGGCCUUCGAACCAACAUGUACGAGUGGCUCACCGAUGUUCUUCGCCACCAAAACGGAACGUUUAGAUUCAAAGGCCCUUGGUUUAGUAGUCUCAACUGCGUCGUGACGUCCGACCCCCGUAACUUGGAACAUCUUCUCAAGUCAAAGUUCCCGAAUUUUCCUAAAGGGCCGUAUUUCAGGGACACGGUUCGUGAUCUUCUCGGCGACGGGAUAUUUAGCGCCGACGAUGACACCUGGCAACGACAAAGGAAGACUGCAAGCAUUGAAUUCCACUCGGCCAAGUUCCGCCAGUUGACCAUCGAGUCAUUGCUUGAACUCGUCCACUCCAGGCUCUUGCCCGUACUAGAGAACUCCAUCAAACAGUCCAUCCCUAUCGAUCUCCAGGACAUCUUAUUACGCUUAACUUUUGAUAAUGUGUGCAUGAUAGCGUUCGGGGCUGAUCCUGGGUGUUUAAACCCGGGUUUGCCGGAAAUACCAUUUGCCAAAGCCUUUGAGGACGCAACGGAAGCCACAGUGUUCCGCUUUGUCACCCCCACGUGUAUAUGGAAGGCCAUGAGGCAUUUCAACUUGGGAACGGAGAAGAAGCUUAAGAUAUCAAUAAAAGCAGUGGACGAGUUUGCCGACGAUGUGAUUCGGACAAGAAAGAAGGAGCUCUCUCUGCAAUCCGACCAUAUUAAGAAACAAAGGUCGGACCUCUUGACGGUGUUCAUGGGGCUGAAAGAUGAGGACGGGCAACCUUUUUCGGACAAGUUCCUGCGGGAUAUUUGCGUGAACUUUAUACUUGCCGGGAGAGACACUUCUUCGGUGGCGUUGAGUUGGUUUUUCUGGCUGCUUGAUCAGAAUCCGGCGGUGGAGGAGAGAAUUCUUGAAGAGAUAUGCGGGAUAGUGGGUGAAAGAGAGGAGGUAAAAAGGGGAGAUCAGUGCGAAAGCCCAUUGAUAUUUAGAGCAGAAGAGAUAAAGAAGAUGGAUUAUUUGCAUGCCGCUCUAUCGGAGGCUCUCAGGUUGUAUCCUUCAGUGCCUGUGGAUCACAAGGAGGUUGUUGAAGAUGAUGUAUUUCCGGAUGGGACGGUGCUAAAAAAAGGAACAAAAGUGAUCUAUGCAAUCUAUGCAAUGGGGCGGAUGGAAGCCAUAUGGGGAAAGGAUUGUAGGGAGUUUAAUCCAGAGAGAUGGCUGAGAGACGGCCGGUUUAUGAGCGAAUCAGCCUACAAGUUCACGGCCUUCAACGGCGGCCCACGCCUUUGUUUGGGAAAAGACUUUGCUUACUAUCAAAUGAAAUCCGUCGCCGCCUCCAUCAUUUAUCACUACCGUGUGAAGGUGGUGGAAAAUCACCCAGUGGCACCAAAGCUCGCAUUGACUAUGUACAUGAAGCAUGGGCUGAAGGUGAAGCUUGAUAGGCGUGACGAGUCGGAGCUUCAAAAGUACUUCAAGAUUAAAUAUUGAUGAAGGCUUUCAUGGGGGUGUCAAUAAUAGUAGUCUUUCUAUUUCUAUUUCUUUCUUCUUUUAUAUGUGCUCUGCAUAGUUCGAGUUAUAUCAAUGGUACUGUUGCACUGCGUCAAUGAGAAUUAUGAUUGAAAAUUUGUAGAGUGAGAGAGAAUCAUGAGAAGGUUGCAUUUGGUUAUGUGUUUAGCAACCUACAUUUGAAUAGUAAUAAUGGAUAUGGGUGUUGAUUAA